AAAUCCAAACCCAACAAAAAAUUCAAAAAAAAUUCCUUACCUAAAAAAGGAGAAAAGAAAGAAGAUGGCACAAAAGGAAGAGCUGCUGUCAAAACAUCAUCUCUCUUUAAAAACAACCCAGAGGUUCCGGAAAUAGAGAGGCCAAAUGUGAAGCAGUUACAAGAAAACGUUUUCUCUUCCGAUUCCUUUUCUGAGCUCAAGUUGCAUCCACAUCUGGUUGCCACAAUCACAAGCGUCCUGAAUAUAACCCAGAUGACCAGUGUCCAGAAAAUGACCAUCCCGGCCCUCCUGUCUGGUAGAGAUGCCCUGGUGAGGUCACAGACGGGAUCUGGGAAGACUUUAGCUUAUGGUAUUCCACUUGUACAGUCACUUCAAGCAGUAACCCCUAAAAUACAGCGCAGCAACGGACCUUAUGCCCUUGUUUUAGUCCCCACAAGAGAGCUGGCCCUGCAGAGUUUCACCACCAUUCAGAAGCUGCUUAAGCCGUUCAGCUGGAUUGUACCGGGAGUUUUAAUGGGAGGAGAGAAGAGGAAAUCAGAAAAAGCCAGGUUACGAAAGGGGAUAAACAUCCUGAUCUCCACUCCGGGGAGGUUGGUCGAUCAUAUCAACUCAACUAAGAGCAUGCAUUUUACUUGUAUCCAAUGGCUCAUAGUGGAUGAAGCCGACAGAAUCCUGGACCUGGGAUUUCAGAAAGACAUCACCACCAUUUUGAACGCC